GUUAAUCAUGAGAGCGCACAUAGUUUAUCUGUUGGCAGCUCUUAUCGUGAUUGAAUUCACAGCAGCCGAUCGCUUGGAGCCGGAUCCUGAUUUGUUGGGGAGAAUUUAUGACCUUCAACAAUCAGUGGGAGAUAUACUGCUGGACUUCAACAAUUUUAAUCGAAUUUUCACGGAAGCGUUGGAGCAGGCACACUUUCAUAAUGCUCAACUUAUCGCGAAACGCAUAAGGCAUUCCAUUGAAAUGCUUCGCACCAUCACCAACUCGACGGAAAUAAUGCUGCAGACUCCACAAAUUGCGAAGUACAGAACGAUGACCGCCGCAGUUAGGAUCAUUCACAAUACAUGUUCCAGUGUGGAUGAUGAAUUGGAGGUGGUGUUACCGAUUGUUGAAGGAGAAAACUUGGCGACAGACGAUCUCAAACAGAAAAUUGUGACCAUAAGGGAACAGAUUGGUACUAGCCAUGGUUUGCUGAAACGUUAUUUGAAUAUGCUUAUUGUUCAUGCUUGAAGUUUUUUUUUUGUUGAGUUUUUCUGCAUAGAAUAAAUCGAGAUUUUGUCCGAGCAUUUGUGCAAAC